AUGCCUGUAACAAGUCGAGGCGUGGUGCAACUUACACCCGACACCACCUUGGCGACGUCAACUCGCAACUACUUGAACAACCUGCCUCCCUCGUUGGCGACUCUUCAGACCGGGCUCGCCCUCUUUGCAGUUGUUGUUAUUGCUCGGUUCUGCGUCGUCAGGCUGUACCUAUGGUUGCGACAAGUCCGCGGUGCUGAGCGGCAUACCAGUAUCCUCCCAACUAGCAGAUCGCAUAUUCUAUCAGCACCGCAUCCUCAACUGCUGCCGUCGCGGCCCAUCUGGACAAUGGACGAGAAGGACAUUACGCCGCCCGCCACUCAGGAGGACCUUGUCCCCGGAGAGGGUCUAGGGGAAGACAAGUCGGCCAGGGGCAAGAAACUAGUCAUCAACCCCAACUGGCAGAACAGCGCGUUGCCAAUGCAGGUCAUGUCGCGUCCGCCUCCUGCGCCGCCUCUGACGCCGCCCGAGUUGAGCACCGCCGUCUUCACGUUUGACGACCGGCCGCGACCGGGGGAGGAUAGCUUCAUCCACCAGCCGAAUCCGGAUUACAUGUCGUCGACCACCAGCGCCAUCCUGCCUCCUCGCUCAGCAUCCCCUUCCAUCGCCCGCCGGCGCUCGUACAACAAGACGCUCCCCAUCGGUGUUCCCGUACCCGCGUCUCAAGGCACUUCGGAUGCUGCCGAUCUUACUUUUUCACCCAGUUCCUACCCACCCACGAGCCCGUUGCUGCCCCCAGCCCCACCAAACGCAGGGGCCAAGGGGAUCGACGUGCAGGGCGAGAUUAUCGGCGUUCUGGAUGCCGAGGGCGCUGGUUGGACGAGACAUACGCGUGUCUAUGGCGGCGGUGUUUGUCUCGCCUGUGCGGCCUCCGGCGGCAACCACGGCGGCGGAUUCUACGGAGCAACGGUGCGGCCUGAGGAGAUGCGGUGA